AUGUUAUUUAUACUAUUAUUACUAUAUCAAGUAUUUUGUGGGAGAGUUAGACCAUAUGGACCAAGAUCAUUAACAAUGUCUAAUGUUAACCCUAAUGGGUAUAUUGAUUUGAUCUAAUAUAUUUAGUUGGUCAGAAUAUAAUUUUACAAUGAUAUUUGAUACAACCUUACCAUCAACAGGAAUUUUAGUGAUUGAGUUCCCAGAAGCUAAUUAUCCUGAUAGAUUAGGAUUACGUCCAGAUGCAGUUUUAUAUGCACCUUAUCCAAUUCCAAGAACUUUUGAUUAGAAUGAUAGAUCACUGGAAAUUCAUUUAGGAGAAUGGCCUAUUGAAACACCAUUGACUGUAACAAUAUCAGGAAUUAUUAACUCUUAAAAAUAAGGAGGUACUGGGAAUUUCAAGGUCUAUACAAAACUUAAUUCUCAUAUUGUUGAUAUUAAUAGGAAUUUUGCCGUAAUUGGUUUAGCAGGAGAAACAAUUUAAUUAUUAUCAGCUUAAAUGUCUAUAGAUAAUAAUUAUGCUGGAGAAGUAACAAACUAUUUGGCUACUCUCUAACCUAGUCAAGAUUUAAAUAGUAGAGUUGACUUCAUUAUAACAUUUCCAGAUUUAUAUGAUCUUUCACAAUUGAAAAAAUGUUCUUGUAAUGUUUUUAAUCCUUCUUGUAUUGUUCAUAAGGAUUUUAAAAAUUAAAUACUUGUAUCUGGCAAUUAAAAUUCUAUUUUCAAAGGUACGAAUAUUUAAAUUACAUUUAAUGAUAUUGUAAAUCCGUCAAGAAAGAUGAAAACCCCCUUAUUUAAUUUUAGAGUAAUUGAAAGAAAUACAAAUAAUACACUACAAGAAUCAUCAGCAGUAAAUGGAUUGGAAAUCUUAGCAGGAUAAAUGAAAUUAGUUCAAUUAGAAAUAUUAUAUUACUAACCUUAUAUAUUUUACAUAAGAGAAUUUAGAUUAUAAUUUAGACCUAAGAAUGGAUUUUAAUAUGCUAAAAUAGCAACAGAUUUCUAUUAAGUAUUGAAUUGCCAAAUCACUAGAGGAUUAUUAGAUCCUAGUAGAUUCUAAGAUAGUGUAUGUAGUCCCUUAGGAAGAGAUAUGUUUUUAUCUAAUUUUUAAUCAUAUGUAGAAUCUGAUUAUAGCUACGAAUUUGUAGAAAUUCGUUUUAGAGCAAGAAUUGGAGAUAGAGUUAUCUUUACUAAUCCAGUUGAAAUCUACACAUAUAAAGAUUCAGAAUAUUUGUAUUUAACAGAUUAAGAUACAUUAUCUAUCAAUAGUUAAUUGCAAAUAGUAUUAUGGCCUAUAUUAACACCAACACUUACUUAUACUCUUGUUUUUGAUGAUAAUUUAGUCUAAACAAAUGUUCUUCCUUAAACUAAUGCAUAAAUUACUAUUACAUAUACAGCUAAAGUUGGUUUAAGUUUGACUACAAAAACAGUAUUUGGAAUGGAAAUACCUUCAGAUUUUUAAGGAGUUCCAGAAUGUACAUUUAAAGAUCCAAAUGAUGUUAUGGUUGAUGUAACAUGUGAUUUUAGACUUGGCUUUUUAAAUAUCACAAAUGUCUUUGAUUAUUAUGAUUCAACUGUCAAAGGUGCAAUUAUUACAAUUAAAGGAUUACUUACGCCAGAAAGUGCUGGUAAUUUUCCUAUUGGAAUGUUUGUCUAAGAUCAAAAUAAUGUUUAUUAUAAUAAUAAUACUUUAACUAUUGCACCUCCAACAUUUAAAAAAGUUACAGGUCCUGGAACAGUUGAAAAAACUACUGCUGUUAGUUAAUUGUCAAUUCAUUAAAAUUAAUAAACUGCUAUCUAAAUUUAACUUUUUAUUGAUUGUGAUGUUGCAGCAGGAGUAAAAAAUAUGAAUGAUCCUUAUGUUCCUUUUACAACAAUCGAAGUUUAUUUUUAUUAGUAUUAUAUUACAAAUAAUGUAUUUGACUAUGAUUUAGGUUCAGGAUUACCUGAUCUAUCUACAUAUGGUUGUUAAUUUUAAGAUGGAAUGGUUGCUAGUUCUGGAAAUUAAUUAUAAUGUGUAUUAUUUCAUGGUUUAAAUACUGCUACACCAACAUUUUCAAAUUAUGCUAUGGUUAAAAUAUAAGGUUAUGCUGCAAUUACAGCUAGUAAUACAUCUCCAGUUACUAUUUCUUUAAAAAUACCAGUCAAAUAUCCAACAACAGUUGGUGCUAUUCCUCGUAUAAGAGUUGAUUUAGUAAAAUACAAUUAGAAAGUGAAAAGUACUUUGAGAUCUUAAUCAUUUAAUAUUGGAGCUGUUAAAAAUGCUGUUGGAAAUUCUUUAACUAUUUUUAGUGGUCCUGUAUUAGAAAAUCCAAAAUUAUAAGUUGAAACUACAUUAACAUAUAAAUUUAAAACUGUCAUAGGGAUAGCUAAAUCAAAAUUAAAUGGAAUAUAUUUUGAAAUUCCAAAUGGAUUUACUUUUAAUUCUGCUAAAUUAUUAAUUAGUAUUGAUGGAGUCUAUUAAGAACCAGAAGUCAUUUAAUAUUUUCCAACUUUCAUUUAUAUAAUGACUAAAUUAUCUUAAUUAUCAAAUGGAGUUGUUCAUACUUUAAUUUUUGAAAGAGUAGAUUUACCAGUAAGUCUUCCAUCUUCAAGUGUAACUCAUGCAAUUAAAACUGCAUAAGGUGGAUAAUUUGCUGAUACAGCAACAUUUACAAUUCCUCCUUUAACAAAAGGAUCUCUAUUGGAUAUUAGUUUAUCAAUAUCAUCAGAUUAUUAUUAACAUCCUUAUGUUAAUUACUCUAUUUCAUUUACGACAUCAAUGAAAUCUUAUGAUGGAUCAAUGAUUAUAAUAGAUUUUCCAUUGGGUUAUGAUAUUUAAACAUCUAAUGCUUACUUAGAUAAUAUUCCUUAUACAAAUUUAAAAAAUUCGACAAGUAAAAUCACUUAUGAUGUACCAACAAUAAGAAAAUUUAGAGUUCUAAACUUUGCUCCUCUAAUAAAAGGAUAGAGAGUUUCAAUUAGUAUUUUUAGUGUAAAAAACCCAAUGAGCGGUACAUUUACAAUAGGAAUAUCAAUAGUAGACAAAAAUGGAAAUACUAUAGAAGAUGGAACAAAGUAAGUUACAAUUGGAUCAACUCCAUUUUCAACUUAAAUCUUAUCAGUUACAUCAGUUGAAUCAAAACCAAAUAAUAAGAAAACCUUAGGAUUAUAUACAUGGAAUAUAAAUGCUGAGUUUUCAAUCCCUAAAUUAAGUGAAAUUAAAUUAUUACUUCCAGGAAUGCUAUCUAUUUAUUCAAUAUCAGCAGAUAUAGUAUCUUGUAGAAUUGUAUAAGAUUCUGUCAUUCCUCUAAGAGAAUGUUUGGCUAUUGAAAGUAGUACACCUUCUUAUAUCUAAAUGAUCACUGAUUAUCCAUUAAAAGGUAAAGCAUUUAAAAUUGAAUAUUAUGGAUAUUUACAAUUAGACAAUUCAUUAAGUGGAUUUACUAUAUCAAUAACUUAUAAUUCUUAAGUCAUAGCAACAGGAUUAUGUCCAACAGUAGCAGUGACUGAUGAAAUUACACCAUCUAAAGUAACUUUAGAUUUCUAUCCUAAAAAUGAAGGAGAAAUAGCAUACUACAAUUUUUAAUUAGAAAUUACUAGUCCUUUUACAUUAACUACUAAUCACUAUAUCUUAAUUAGAUUUCCCUUUGAAUAUGAUUAUAUAAUUGGAUUAGAGAAGAUGUAAGUCAAAAGUAAUACUCUUUAAGGGGCUUUGAAAAUGGCUAUCAUUCCCUAUCAUAUUUAAAUUACAGGAUUUUAUCAAUUAACUAAUUUUGUAGGAACUUUAGAUAUAAGUUUAUUAGGAGUAAUUAAUCCUAAUAGACUUAAUAAUUAGGCCACAGGUACAUUUUUAAUUGCAAUUAUGGAGGGAAAUAAAAUGAUUUUAGGGAAUAGUGCAAUCAAUGGUGUUAUUCCUUAAUUAGCUCCAUUGUUAAUUUAAUUAAAUAAAAUUACGAGUAGUGUUUCUUUAAGUAGAUAUGCAAGUACAUUUACAUUUGAAGUUUACCCACUUUAGUAAGUAUUGGCAACAGUAUAUGGAGGAUAAUUGUAUGUAGAUUUUCCAAAUAAUUUUAUAAUUGAUGCUUUUAAUGGAGGUUGUGAGACAACACCAGAAUUUUCAUUUUUUGCAUCUUGUAAAUGGGAUUAUUUUAGAUUUGCAUUUGUGACAAAUAAUUAAGAUUGGUAUUCUGAUAGAUCAGGUUAAUUAUAAUUAACAAUAAUGAAUGUAUUGACACCAGAUGAUGAUGGAGAAACGAAUAACUUUAUUGUUUAUAAUUAUGAUUCACUCAAUAAAAUAGUAUUAGGUAGAACAUAUGCAAAUUUACAUUCAGCCUCUUUAAUUUAUUAGUAUGACGGAUUAUAAAUUGAUGUAAAUUUAAAAUAGCCAUUUAUAUUGGAAGUUGGUUCUUAUUCAGAUGAAAUAAUAAUGAAUAUAACAGAAAAAGCAGAUUUUACAUUGACAUUAUCGCCAAAUGUAUUAGAUUCUUAGAUUAUAAUCACUCCAAAUCCUGUAUAGAUAGUUGCAGGUAGUAAGCAAGCUAAAUUUAGAGUGGCUGCUCCACGAACAAUUCUAUUAUAGACCUAUUAUAUAUAAUGGAGUAAAACAGGAGAUACAUUGCCUGUAACUUAUGCUCCUUUAAGAUUAACACCUUUGUAAAUGGUUAAAGGAACUUUAAAAAGGAAAUUAGUUAUUGAAAAAAUGGAAUACAUGCCUAGAAAUGGUACAUCUUAUCCACUUUAUAUUACAACCAAUAAUCCUCCAUAUUAAUAAUUAUUAAUUAGAAUCGGUUUUAAAAUGAAUGUAACUGCAGAUGUCCCUCUUAGAUAAAAGUGGUUCAUUACUGACAAAAGAUUAGAAUAGUUAGGUCUUACUUAUGCUGAAUUGGUUGAUAGUGGAAUUGAUAUAACUGAUCAUUCUAUUGCUAAUCUAUCUACUACACAAUUAGAAAUGGUUAAAUUAUAAUAUGCUGUUAAUUAUGAUCUAAAUAUAUCAAUCAAUUAUCCUAGUAGUGAGGAUAUUAUCACACUCUAUUAUAGAUUACGUGGAUAUGAUUCAGAUUCAUUCGAUCUUGAUGUAUAAUAAAUGAUUAUUCCAAUCAGAGAUCAAGAAUUUAGAAAACCUAAAAUCCUUGAAACUAAAGUCUUAGAAGUUACUAGAUCUACUGCUACUUUUUAAGUUAUUACUGAUAUUAAAGGAUUCAUAUUUUAUGUUUAUGCUGAUUAACAUAUGCCUAAUCCUAUCUUUGAAGAAACUAAAGUACCAAAUAAAGAUAAUGUCACUCUUUCUAACUCAAAUCCUUAAUAUGGAAUCGAUUAUGUUAGAACCAUGACUUUAGAUGUUAAUUUUACUGUUUCUAAACUUUAACCUAAUCAUAAUUAUGAAAUCUUCAUUUUUGUCAUGAAUCUUAAUAAAGUUGAUAAUCCUACUUUUAUGAAGGUAUUCUUCUAAACUCUUAAAUCUUAAAGAAUUGCACUUUUAACACUCAAAAUUAAUUAAGCAUCCAUUGACAAUGAAGUUAAAAUGGAUUAUAUUUAAAAAAUGGGUGAAAUGAUUGGAUUAACUAAAGCAAGAUUAUUAGAAAGAACAACAUUAUGUAAAUAAACUACAUUAGAUAAUUCUACAUCCAAUUCUUAUUUGUAUUGGAAUUUAAUUAUUUUACCUGAUCCUUCAAAUAUGAAUGAGUUUACUAAACCCCUUGUUUUGGCUUAAACUUUAAACUCUAGAAGAUCAGAAAUAUAAAAAUUUAUCACUAGACUUGAUGAUGAACCGUUUUAUACUUUAGAAGAAAUCUCAGAUAAUAUUCCUAAUUUUGUUAUCAAUCCUGAAAUGAUUGAUCGUACUACAUCAUCUAUAUCUUUAAGAUUUAAAAUAUCUUAUUGUGGUCUAGCUUAUCUUACAAUCAGAAAAAGAGACAACUCUUAAAAUUUAUCCAUUGUAAAUGAAACCAUUUUUGCUUAAGAACUUAAAAGUGUACAAUUUCCAUCAGCUUAUUAAAUUAAAAAGGCUCUCAACGAAUCUAAUCAACCUAUCAAUUAAACAUCAAUUGUUGUUUAAGACACAGAAACUUACUACUAAUACAAUUAUACAGAUUUGGAUGUAAUUACAUUAUAUUUUCAUUUUAGUAAAAAACUGUGUAUGAUGUAUACAUUUCACUUGAAAAUGAUUUCAUUGCCAAUCCUGAAUUAUUUAGUAACGAUUCCGUUGCCAGAUUUACUGCAAAAACUCAAAAGAUUAUUAGUAUUUAAUUAAUAUUGAAUUUUAGUUCCCUUAAAUAUCUACAGUAUCAAUUACUAAGAUUUGCUUCAACUAUUCAUUAUAAUCAAUUUAUUAUUAGUAACAUGA